AUGGGUGGUUUUGUCUAUAACGUCCUUCCGUGUGCAAACAUUAUUUCACAGUUCUUUGAUAAUCGAGUCCCACUUGCAAACUUGCCUGCCACGUCAGACGAGUCUAGCCGGAAUGCAGAGGAUGAUGAGCGUAAGCGGAGAAGGAUGGUUUCGAACCGCGAGUCAGCUCGGAGAUCGCGUAUGCGCAAACGUCGACACUUGGACGAGCUGUGGUCCAUGCUUGUUCACCUCAUCAACGAGAACAAAUGUCUGGUUGAUGAGCUAAGUCGGGCUAGGGAGGGUUACGAGAAGGUUGUACAAGAAAACACAAAACUUCGAGAAGAAAAUUCCAAGUCGAGAAAGAUGAUUAGUGAGAUUGGGCUUAAUAGGUUUCUUGAUGUAGACAGCGAUCAGAUCUGGACCGCUUGA